UAUAGAUGAUUUCAUAUAUUCCCUACAGCAGAUUUAUCUCGAGUGGAUAUUGUAUUCGAUAUUUUUAUGAAAUAUUUCCAUUGGCAAAAUCUUUAUAACAAUUGGAUGUAACAAUUUCUUAAUGUACAGUAAAUAUUUGCAAAAACUCAUAAACCCAUUUCUUUGAUUUUUUCAGACAGAGAAUAUGGCAUCUUAUUAUAGUUCCUAUGAGAAGGAUGAAGGCCGAUAUCCUUGUGUCAAGAGAGUGUAUGUAGGAAAAGAACAUGUAGAUUUCUCGUACCAAUUUGUCAAGGACAGCAGGAGCAGAUAUAACAUUUCAUUAGGCCAAGAUCAGGAGUACAUCAAAAAGGACAGUUCUAGCAAACAAAUUGUAAAAGAUAUAUCUAAGAAGUUAAUUGGGGAUCCUAAAAAAUAUAUAAAUUAUUAUCACUUGCACGGCGCAUGUUUGAUGCAAUCUGGUGGUUUCAAAAUCUCAAUAUCCUCCUGGCAGGAACAACCACGUGUACCAUCAUCAGAUGAACCAGACGAUGAUAGCAGCGUUUUUUAUAAUUAUAUUGAUCUCGAGUUUGAUAAAGCCGUAUAUCCGAUCAGAGUUUCUAUAUAUGAAAUGUAUCGUCCUGGGUAUAUCACUCAAAUUUGGGCUCACAAUUCUGAAGAAAAUCGGUGGUUUCCAUUAUGGAAUGGUAAAUGUCAGACUCCUGUACCAGAGGAUUCACGGCUAUUUUCCCCGCCUUUGCAGUUUUGUGACUUCAAAACCAAAAGGCUUAGAUUAAAAUUUACGUACAGUUUUCUGUAUUAUGAGACAAAGUUAGCAGCUGUGAUGCUUAUCGGUACAUCAAAAUUAAUCCUUUCUAAAAAUACGGAAGGAAUUUUCACUAGUAUAUUAAAGAAUGUGAAGGGCCAACAUUUGAUCACCGAUAAUUUAACGCCUAUUGAUAAACGUGCACACAGGGAUAUAAGGCGUCUCCGAAAAAAUUUUUCUUACUACUGUACCAUUUAUACGAGCCACUUGCAUUCGAAUUAUGCACGGAUUAGAAAAUGUUCCAAACUUUCUUUAGAUAGUUCCAAGAAGCUCACACAUUGCGGUUUUUCUACUCUGCCUGAUGAAAUGAUACUAAAAAUAUUAAAGUACUUGGAUAUAAGGUCGUUGUGCCAUAUGAGCACAAUGAAUAAACGUCUUAAUGACUUAACACGAGAUGGUUCUCUGUUUAAGUGCUUGAAUUUAGUAAAUUUGCGCCACAUGUCUUCUAUGCAUAUAGAUAAUAUUAUAUCAUACUUUACAUCUAGAUGUAAAUAUUUGCAAAAGUUGGAUAUUGCAUCAAGCGAUAUUUUCUCUUUGGAAUUAGAAAAUCUUCUUGAAAUUUGCAGUGAGCGUUUAACACAUUUACGAUUACGCAACUGCACAUUGUGUAGCGCUGUUUUAGAUGACAUUGCGGUAUUUUGCAAUAAUUUGCAAGUAUUGGAUCUCAGUUGUUGUAUUUUUGAAGAUUUACUUGAUGAAUCGAUAUUGCCUGCAGAUAUUACACUUUGUGUUUGCAAAAUAUUACAAAGAAAUCCUCGAAUACGUGAGUUAAAUUUGAGCUCUGGAAACCCGCCAUUAGAAGAUUUCUUUUAUGUCUACCUUAAUGUGGACUCAAUUGCCAUACAAUUGAGGGAUUCUUGCGCAGACUUGGAAAUACUUAAUAUACUUGACUGUUCAAUUACAUCGCUAGGUAUUGAUGCUCUAGCCGAGUGUAAAAACUUACGGAAACUGAGCAUUGAGAAUGUUUUAAUCGAUGAAUCAAUUGAGCCAAUCGGUGAGGAUAGCUUGCGUAGAUUGUUUUCCGCCUGUCAACGGUUGGAAGAAAUUAAGUUGGAGAAUUUCCAUGAUAAUGUCGGCGAAUUACUGACUCUGUGUAAAAACUUAAAAGAAGUGCAUUUAGAAGUGUUACCUCUAAACGUGUUAACACUUCCCUUGCAGUGUCCAAAAUUGCAAAAGAUUUAUUUUGUGGAAGGUGACGAAGAAUUAAUUCACCGGAUGGAGCAAGAAUAUCCACAUGUGUCCUUGUGUUAAUUAGAAUAUUAACAUAAUUUUUCUAUAUUGUACAUGUACGCAGAAGAGGGAUUGAUGUAAUGGCUGCGUAAUUUUCUCUCACAGCGGAACAGUCUAAGUUAUCUUUCACAGAUUUUGAUAGACUUUGAAUAUGUUGUAGAAAUAUAGAUCAAAAAUAUGGUUUAACUUUCCACGUAAUCUCAACUAUUAAAAGUUGAAAUAGUCUCUUAAAAUUAAUUUAUGAGUGAAAUUUCCUUAUCCCAUUAUGCAAUUUGUGUGAGAGAUGAAGACAAGGUAUAUUAUAUUGUAUAAAUUAAUAUAAUAAAAUUGGCUCAAAUAUGUUAAACACAAAUUGGAGGAAUAAAGGACUACGAGCCGUAACAGGGUGUAGUGUGUA